AUGGCCAUCUUCGCUCGCUAUGACGACUUAAAAAAGGAGAUUGAUGCCCUCGUGGCAGAAAAUGACGAGCUGAAGCACCUCAUACAGAUGCUCAAGGAGAACCAAGAGCUCAAGUCUAUCCUACGGAACCAGUACAACGAAACCAACUUGAUCCCCAAGUUUGAAUCUACCCGGAUUGAUGCCAGAAGUAAGUGCUACAGUUGAUGGGGGGGGGCUCCUGUGAGGCAGGCUGGUCCCCCAGGCAAGAUCUUACUCAGGAGAGCAACUGGGGGGGGGGUCAGGCCUUAGGGGACAAGGAGGAGCCCCAGAAGGUUGUCUGCAGAGGGGCACAAGCCAAGGAGCAGGACUGCUUCUGGGAUGCGGAGGAGGGGAGAGAACGAAAUGUUUUCCCAAAACGAGGGUUAGCACCCCAUCCCAAACAAUCAGUGAAACGAGUGAAAGUUGUUAAAAAAAACCAGAAGUUUAUGCGGGAAUAUUGGCAGCUAAAGGGAUUGUGAGUUUGGGGAAAUGUAUUUAUAAAUUUUAUUUCUAGUCUGUUCUUCCCCCUGGGGAAAGCCGAGUAAACAAUGAACAAUAAAAAUGUAAAGCGAAGUGAAUUAAUCACCACCAGAAAACUAACAAUAAUCAAAUAAAACAGGCACCGGAAGCAAAAAUGAAGUAUCCAUCAGGCACUCCCCCCCUUCCCCAAAGGUGGAAUGUAGGAGAAGGGAGACAACUGCACCGAACCCCCUUCCCAGGAGAGCUUCAUCUGCAGAUCUCAACUCACAUUUCAGAAAUGUGGGUCCCAAAUCGCUAAGGGCUUCACAGGCUUGCGGCUGGGGACUGACUCAUCUUAACCUGCCUGUUCAACCCCACAGAUCCGAUGCUCAACAACACCUUCCAGGAAAGCCACAGCUGGGAGCAAGCCCGCUUCGCCCCCAACACCAACUUCAGGGUGACUGUACGCCGAAGGCUUCCAAGCGAUAGCCCUUCUUCACCCAUUUCUCCGGCGGGUGGAACGAUAAUAAGAAGAUCCCCUCCUGGCCCACGGGUGUCCACGCCCCUCAACAUGACGGACAGAGCAGCAGGACUGCAGGUCGUCCGGUUUGCUCCUGACACCACGACAGGUGAGAGCCCGUCUCGUCUCCAGGAACAUGGCCAGCGGGUGCAGGCAGGGCUGGUGGCACGGGGCGAGUUGGUGUGUGUGCCAGGAUGGGACCUCUGCAUGGCACCAGCAGCUCAAGUGGCUACUUGAGGUGGGGAUCUUUUUAGGGGCACCAAUGAAGCAGCAUGCAAUGCAAGACUCUCUUGCUGGGUUGCCAUUCUGGUACUGAGCAGGGUCCACGGGGUCCUGGGUCUCAGCUGUGCAGGUCAUCAUCAAAAUAAGCUUCACUGGACUAGCCAAAGGCCACAACGAAACCAUACAAAUACUAUGAGGAAAAGAAAUAUCUAUAUAACUAUAUAUAGAAAGCAGAGCCACUGCCUGAACCAUCAAGAUCAUAACAUGCAGAUGCUUGUUUUGAUUGGGGACUCCACAAAGCAUAGAAGAGUUUCCUAUUUAGGCCUCUGAAUCUUACAAUUCACUGCAAUUUUGUCCAGGUUCUUCCUGAUCUUUUUUGUCCCCGGCACAAAGAGGGCCACAUUAUAAGUAACUGGAGCAUUAGCAUCCCUGAGCAACCAGAGUCCCCUCUCUGCCAGGGAGAGAGAGCUUUCCUGGACAAAGGAUUUAGAAAGCGUCUCCCAGGUUCUGAGUAUAGUGGGCACUGGAAUAAAUCAUGCUGGAUGUUCUCUACCUGCGGUUGCCCAAAUACAACAUCUAUCUGUGUAUGGAACCCUAUUAUAACACCUGUCCAGAGCAUUCCUUGGAAACGCAAACUCAGUAAAGGCAUAUCCUCAUGAAUCUGGCAGACGUUUAGACAGGGAGUUGGCUCUAAAACACACAGUUUUUAAGAAUGAAAACCAUGGGGAGCAUUGGGAAGAUUUGAUCACUUGUAAAUCCCGUUGAGAUUCUGUCCAGUAACAUCCGUCCCUUCAGCUGCGCAGAUCAAGGGAAGCGGGUGGCCAUGAAGCAACUGGGCAUUUUCUUGGGCAUGCCCACAGUGUUACAUGAACACAUGAAACAGUGUUACAAGAUGUGCGUCUUAACCUACAUGUGUGUUCAGUGCUCAUGUGCAUUCCUACACUCACCACGAAGAGGUUUAGGACCUUUUGUAGAGCUAUAAUGUGUGUUUGUGGUGAAUAUGUGUUUGUUAUGAAUAUGCACUCACCCUUACCCUCAUGCCCACUGACAAGAGGAAUGAAGCAAGGUUGGUUUGUUACAUGAAAUGAGAGCUUACGAAUGCUGCUUCAGGCAGCCAAGUCACCAUGUCAGCAGACAGCAGCUCCUACAGCACAUGCACACCUUGGUCUAAGAGUGAAAGAAGGAUCCCUAUUCAAAGCCUAAAGAGGGCAGGGUAUUUGUCACACUAGAAGGGAAGCAGGAAAGCGAAGGAAGCAACGCACAGGGUGCGGCUGGUCCCUGAGAGCAUGGAGUGACAAGGGGAUCCAUGCUGGAGCUUGUGAGAACCAACCAAGCCUUGAAAACCUGGGGGGGGGGGUUUAAGUAUGGUUUUGAGCCACUUUUAGGUUAUGGAGAGGGGAGGAGGUCUUUGGGAUGAGUAAUUCCUACAAUACCUAUAUUCUAUUGUUCUGUUGCUCGCUUCUUAUUAAGUUCUGGCCUGCUUCCUAAUUUGUUUACUUAAUUGAGAGUAGAAGGACUAUGGCCCAAGUGAAAAAUAACUAACUGGCUACCUUUGUUUCUUGAGCUCUAACUUUAUGUAUCAUUGUCUACGUGGAACCUUUUCGCAGGUGAUGCAAAUGAAAUUUUUGCUGGUAACACCAGAUUGCUGUGCUGAUCUGUACAUAAAAUCUUAGGAGAUCUGAAAGCCUUCCGAGGCAUCAGAGAUAAACUAGAUCAGCAUCAGGAAAGUUCGCUGAGGGGUAUUUUCUAUUAAGAAUAUUAAGAAUCAAGUUUAUGCCAACUGUGCUGAUAUCAUGGUCUACAUGAAUAAACCAUAGGAGAAGUUCAGCUUGGCUCACACCAUUUCAGCAGCACCUGGGAGAAGGUGCAGGAGCAGAGAGGAACUCCUUCUCUAGAGAAGCUAGACUGGCUCCCUCCUUGUCCUGCUGGCAAAAAACUGUUGCACCUUUGAUCUCCAACAGUUUUUGAGAACUGACUUCUUUUAAUGAGAGGGAUGAUGCUAUGCUGCUUUCAUUGUGAUUGUCUGUAUGGUUUUUAAUGGAUCAUUGUGAUUGUCUGUAUGUUUUUAAUGAGAAUGAUUUGGCAGGGAUGUAAUGACACUUGUAAUGUGGAAUUAUUUAUGGUAAUUAUGGUUCUAUAAUAGAUGGAUAAUGGUAAAAGAUGCAGCAAAUUAAAACUUAAACAUGGAACUCAUGGAGGCAGGGAAGGAGAGCUGGAGGUUCUAAAGAACUUUGCAUUUUAAUGUUUGAUAUUGUUGUUUUAUAUGUAUAAAAUUAUCAAAAACCCAAUAAAAAUAGUUAACCACUAUCUUGGAAUAAUUCCAUGUUGAUCUGUAAGCGUAAAUAGGUUGGCAAGUGGUAAUGCACACCAUUCUGUAUGCUUUUUCAAAAUCUCAAACAGAAAUCCCGCCAGAGCCGGGGACCUUGGCAAGUUUUAGUUCUGUGAUUAGUUCUAUAAUUUCAUCUGAGCUUACCAAUGGCCAAUUGGGUAUAUUUGAGGGAACAAGCUUGUCAGCAUUAGAUAGAAGACAAGGUGAAUCAUUAAAUAUUUUAAUUUAAAAAAAAAAAAAAAGGAAUUCACCUAGGUUUGAGGGGGAAUAGCAUAUACAUUUAGAAGGAAAUUGGUAUUCAGAUGGCCAGAAGUUAUUUGCCAGGAUUUAUUAUUGUUCAUUUUUAUUGCGUUUAUUAAAUGUGUCCAUUUAUUCUGAUAGUAUAUUUUCUUUUUCUUAGCAAUGAGAUCAUUAUAUAGCUUCCUACAUAUAAAAUAGCUUUAAAAAUUUGUUCUAUCUCCUUUUUUGUGAGGUCCCUAAACGAAGUUCUGAGUAAUAUUUUCUCUGUAUAGCAUUCCUAGUCAAACCAAGGAGAAGGAUUAGGGAGGGCCACUGAUGCAGGCUUAGCUAUCGUACUGCAGUGGUCUAUUAAUUGAGAAUAAGAUUAUACUGCUACCUUAAUAGUGUGAGUUGAUAAGGGUUGUCCUCAGAUGUAACAUUCUAUGUGAGUCCAAGAAUUUGGCAAUCACGCCUUCAGACUGCAGCGACCACCUAAUCUUUUCAAAACGCCGUGGUCAUCACCAAGUGUCCCUGCCCCCAUAUCUUGUUGUGGAAGGCAGAUAACGGACAAUCUGCGGGGGGCAGCAGGGCUAAUUACCCACAUAUUAGCCCUGAAUUACUGGCAUGACUGGGGGUCCAAUCUCUUGGGAGGCAGCCAUAUCUCACAGCAGGAAACCAGAAGUCGACCACCUAAUCUUUUCCAAAACGCUAUAGAUGGUUUGUUCUGAGUGACCAGGCUUCGAGAUUUUGUUUGCUGGUCUGCACUGCAAAGUCGAAAGUAAAUGGGAAUUGCCACUUUUCUGCACAAGAUCCAAUAGAGAAGUUAAUACUGGAACAUAAAUAUAAAGAACAUAGGAUGUGGGUGGCCCUGUGGUCCAAACCACAGAGCCUCUUGAGCUUGCAGAUAGUAAGGUUGGCGGUUUGAAUCCCCGCGACGGAGUGAACUCCCGUUGCUCUGUCCCAGCUCCUGCCAACGUAACAGUUCAAAAGCAUGCCAGUGCAAGUAGAAGAAUAGGUACUGCUGCGGAGGGAAGGUAAACAGUGUUUCAUCUCAUCAUCUGAGGGAGGGAGGUAAACAUUUAUCAAAAUUACCUAUUUGUUACCCAUAUUUAUUAGGAAAGUUUGGGAUAGAGGAGGGUGUGCCAAUAAGAAUUGUUCCAUAUUGCAGACCGAAUUUUAUUACUAUGAAAAGGCCAGCUUGCGGCGACCUUUAGAGAAUGGUCUGUGGGCAGGUAGUUUGAAUGAAGAGAACCCAGCAGUGUUUACCUCAGUCACUAACCAAAUUUCUUGGAAUAAAAUACAGUUGAAACCAUUGAGAUAUUCAAUGAGCCAAUAAAGGCUGAAUGCAUGCAUGCAUGAAAGACUGUUGGGAAAAUUGUAAUUAGCCAUUGGUUAUUGUUAAAGUUCUAAAUGCGUGGGGAAUAUUAGAACAGUCUGUAAUACCAUAUGACAGCUGAGCUACUUGUCCUGUAUGAUGUGAUAUACACAGAUAUACAUGCACACAUACUCACACAUAAGCCAUGAAAGUCAGUGGAUGAAAUAGAGUUCUUUUUCUGUAGGUGAAAUCACUUUCCAUGCUUCUGUGAGUACAUUCUAUACAUUCUGUUACUCACCUUUUAUAGGACAAGGAGUGAGAACUCCACACGGGGAAACACCUACUGUGGAAGGACCCAGAAGGUGUGACAACAGCCCUCUGCUCUCACUGCAAUAAGCCACUUCUACCCAUUUGGACUGGUUGCAACAUUAAGUGGGGUCAGGGCCAGCCCACCCAUGAGGCAAGUUGAGACAACCGCCUCAGGUGGCAGGAUCCACUGGGACAGCAGAUCACAAUCUUUCUUCCCUGUUGUUUUUGAUGUAGAUCUUCCCUUUCUCUCUGCUAUAAAGCCUUAAAUGGCACAGGACCGCAAUAUCUCAAGGACCGCCUCUUCCCAUAUGAACCUACCUGGACCCUGAGAUCAUCUUCUGAGGCCCUCCAUUGUGUGCCUCCUCCUCAAUAGAUUAGGAGGGUGGCAACACAAGAAUGGGUCUUGUGGCUCCCUGUCUAUGGAAUGCUCUCCCCAGGGAAGUUCACCUGGCACCUUGAUUAUACACCUUUAGGUGCCAGGCAAAAACUAUGGGAGUGCAAAUAUCCAGAGUGUGGGGUCAGGUGGGAUUACUAUGAGGAAUUAUGAAAUAUGCAUCAAGCCAUUGUGUCCACAAUGAAUGCAUUAUGUUGAAUGGGUUUGAUACAUUGGCAAUAAUUUCUGAUCAAAUCCCACAACCCUCUGCAUCUCUGGCCAUUUCCUCUACUGUCCAUUUCUCUUUCUUGACAAGUCAAGUACGCAGCCCAGUUGUUGCCAGGCAGGCAUCCUGGGCCAUAAAGAUAGUGGGCAAGUUUCUUUGAUGUAGCUUUUCUGAUAUGUUAAUCUUAGGGCCAGGAAACAGAUCUCACAUGAAGGUGAUAAUGAUCACUGUCCUCCUGGCCAUCCUUCUUAUCAUGUGUAUUGAUUGUUUACAACCUCCGGGGUUGCUGAAUGCACUCCUUUGUAGUUUUCAUUCAUUUACCCAAAAAUAUGCACGCUUAACUAGUGUUUGUAGUUUAACAUUGUCCUCAUGUGGGGUUUGUUGAAAUGCUCAGAAGAAAUCUGAUUGGUUCUUACGAACACUCUGUAAAAAGCUCUUUUGUGAAUAAAACGACCUGGGCCAGGGGCUGGAGGCACGCAGAGAUUAUUAUACGCACCCUUCCCAGAGUCUUGCUGGUUCAAGCCUCUGUGUGUAUUCUUAUUAAUCAGAAUUCAAUCCUUCCUUUACUUUGUGAAUGCCUCAAGAAAAACCCCUUCCAAUCUACGCCCCAUCCCAAGGGACAAGGGCAGGGCGAGCAGGGAUUACCCACCUCCGUCAUUGGUGUUGUGCAAUGCCAGGUCCAUAGGCAAUAAAACCACCACCAUGCGUGACUUUUUUGUAUUGCAGGGGAUUGACCUGGCUUGCGUGACGGAGACCUGGGUACUUUAAGGUGAAGUAGUCUCCCUACAUGAGAUAACAUCCCCCGGUUUCUCUGUCCUUCAUCAAUCGCGGACUGCGGGUCAGGGGACGAGGAGUAGCGUUGUUAAUCCGGGAGGAUUGCUCUUUCAGAGCUCUGCCAGCACCGGCGAUCUCCGGCAUUGAAUGUAUUGGUCUUGUGUGGGGCACCAAGGAGAGCUUGGCUGUCUGGCCAAGUGUACCGACCACCCAGCGCACCGGCUGCCACCCUGUCAGACCUGCUGGAGGUGGCAGCAGGCUGGGCCUUGGAGUUCCCAAGCCUAUUGGUUUUGGGAGACUUCAACAUCCAUGCCGAUGCCACCCCCUCCUCACAGACUCUGGACCUAGUGACUUCCAUGACAACACUAGGCUCUUCCAGUUUGUUUUGGGCCCCACUCAUCAAGCAGGCCACACACUGGAUUUGAUCUUUGGUGCUGGCAUAGAUGUGAUCAUGCUCCCCCCUGUGGAACUGCCAUGGUCUGAUCACUAUGCUCUGAAAGCCAAGAUUGACUUCCCACUCCUCCCCUGCUCAAGUGGCGAGCCUAUUUGGGCUUGCCCGUGAAGGCUGAUGGAUCCUGAUAGAUUCCGUCAGGCCUUGCGGGACCCUGCUCCUCCUGGCGACUCAUUAGAUGACUUGUCUAGGACUGGAAUAACCGGCUCUUGGCAGCUAUCAAUGAGAUCGUGCCUAAGCACCCUCUGCGACCCUGUCAAAACCGGGCCCCUUGGUUUACCGAGGAGCUCCAGAAAAUGAAGCAGGAUCUCAGAUGGCUAGAGCGAGUAUGGCAACGGACUCGUGACGGAGCUUUAAGAACAUCUUAUAGGACGCUUAUGAAAGCCUAUGAGAUGGCUAUGAAAGCUGCUAAGAAAUCUUACUUUACAGCUUCCAUUGCAUCCGCUAGCUCUCGCUCGGCACAACUUUUUAGAAUAAUUAGGUCGAUAACGUCCUUAGAAGGACAACCAAAUAUAAGCACAAAUUUGACUCACAGCUGUGAGGCAUUCAUGAGCUUUUUUGCGGAAAGUCCUGUUGCUCCACUGUGACCUCCCUGCCAAUUUAGAUACAGUGACUGAACUGGAGGCCCCUCGACUGACUUCAGGUCCAGUGUUGGACCAUUUUGAUCAGAUACUCCCUGCUGAUGUGGACAGAUUCCUCCAAGCUGGUAGGCCCACCACCUGCCUCCUCGAUCUGUGCCCAUCUUGGCUGAUUAGGGGGUGCCCAGAUGUCGUGCAGACCCCCCUGGUUGAAAUUAUCAAUUUGUCCUUUGGCAUGGGGAUAUUCCCAGGGGACAUGAAGGAAGCAGUGGUGUGUCCGCUCUUAAAGAAAACUUCACUAGAUCCUUUAGAUGUAUCCAAUUACCGCCCAGUUUCAAAUCUUCCAAAUCUGGGUAAGGUAAUUGAGAGAGCGGUUGCUGAACAGCUUGGUAGGUUUCUGGAGGAAACAUUGGCUUUAGAUUCAUUUCAGCCCAGGGUCCGUCCUGGUUUCGGGACCAAGACGGCUCUAGUUGCCCUUACAGAUGAUCUCCGUAGACAACUGGAUCGAGGCAGGCCAGGACUGCUGAUUCUUUUAGAUUUAUCAGCAGCCUUUGACAUGGUUGAUCAUGAGCUUCUGGACCACCGCCUCGCCGGCGUGGGGAUACAGGCCAUAGCCCGUAAAUGGCUGUGCUCUUUUAUCUCUGGUCGGGUACAGAGGGUGGCGCUAGGGAGGGAUAUGUCAUCGCACCACUCCUUGGUGUGUGGAUUGCUGCAGGGCGCAAUCCUCUCCCCGAUGCUUUUUAACAUCUUCAUGCGCCCCCUUGCCCAGAUUAUCCGGAGCUUUGGGCUGGGCUGUCACCAAUAUGCUGAGCUCUAUCUGCUGAUGGAUGGCCACACCAACUCGACCUGGACACACUGACCAGAUGCUUGAAAGCUGUGGCUGGAUGGUUUUGUGGGAGCCGAUUGAAACUAAAUCCUUCGAAGACAGAGGUCCUCUGGCUGGGUCAAGAUGGUAUGGGGAUGAGGGACCAACUCCCUUCUCUUGCAGGGGCCCAAUUAGUGCCACUGCCUUCCGGUAAGAGUUUGGGUGUAAUCCUUGACGUCUCCCUUUCCAUAGAGGCUCAGGUUACAGCAACAGCCAAGGCGACAUUUUUCCACCUUCGCCGCAUCAAGCAGUUGGUCCCUUACCUUUCCCACCCUGACCUGGCCACAGUGAUCCAUGCGACGGUCACCUCCAGGCUUGACUACUGUAAUUCGCUCUACACGGGGCUGCCCUUGAAGCUGUCCCAGAAACUCCAGCAGGUGCAGAAUGCUGCAGUGAGGCUCCUCACGGGGUUUCUGCCAUGGGAGCAUAUUCACCCAGUGCUUUUCCAGCUGCACUGGCUCCCGGUGGAGUACAGGGUCAGAUUUAAGGGCUGGUUUUGACCUUUAAAGCCCUUUACAGCCUAGGACCCUUGUACCUACGGGACAACCUCACCCGGUAUGCCCCACGGAGGACCUUAAGGUCCAUAAAUAGCAACACCCUAGAGGUCCUGGGCCCUAAGGAAGUUAUAUUAGCCUCAGGGCGCUGCAGGAUCUGAUUUCUUUCCGCAGGGCCUGUAAGACAGAGUUGUUCCGCCUGGCCUUUGACUUGGAAUCAAUUUGAUUCCCUCCCCCUCUUUCUUUUUUCCUUUCUCCUCCUAUGAUGAGGCUGCAUUUUAAUGUUUUAAUGUUAUAUUUUAAACUUGUUUUUUAAGUUGUAUUUCGAUCAACUUUUUAUUAUUGGUUGUUAGCCACCCUGAGCCCGUUCUUGGCUGGGGAGGGCGGGGUAUAAAUAACAUUUAUUUAUUAUUAUUAUUCCUUUUUAAACAGGUCUUUAGUUGACCCUUUAAAAUGUGGCUUUUUGGGGAGGGGGUGUUACUGGAUUGCACAUUCAGGUGAUGAACAAACCCUCCAUCAUGGGUAGGCAAACUAAGGCCCGGGGGCCGGAUCUGGCCCAAUCACCUUCUAAAUCCAGACCGCAGAUGGUCCGGGAAUCAGCAUGUUUUUACAUGAGUAGAAUGUGUCCUUUUAUUUAAAAUGCAUCUCUGGAUUAUUUGUGGGGCAUAAGAAUUCGUUCAUUCCCCCCCCCAAAAAAAUAUAUAUAUAUAGUCUGAGGGACAGUGGACCAGCCCCCUGCUGAAAAAGUUUGCUGACCCCUGCCAAUGUUCCAGGGUGUAGCAAAUAUGAUGCAGAUCAUUGGAUUCCUCCCUGUAGCUGCCUUCAGUCUCAGCAUUUGGCAUUGACAUUUUACUAAAGAGGACCAUGAGCCAGACUUCCUCCACCAGGUGUCCUCCAGAUGUUUUUGAUUGCAAUUCUCACCUGCCACUAGCCAGCAUCAGCCGUGCGAUGCUGGGGCAGAUUGUAGAGAUGGUCCACAACAGCUGGGGUGCAGAGGUAACUGAAACAUCUUUAACUUCAAAAAGCGCCAGAAUUGAGGUCAUCCAGCCACCAUAAAUACCUUUAAAGAGAACAAACCAAAGAGAAAACUAGAGCCAGAACCUUCCAGAAAAAUGCAGACCAUCUCUAUGACCAUAGAACUCAGGGCUUCCCUUGUUGUGAUGCCACUAGUAGCUUCUGAGUGUUAGGGAUGUGAUGCCCUGUGAGGUCAGUGUGACCCCGACGCUCAGCGGAGCCUCUCUCUCUUCUUUGCAGCUAAUGCCGCUUUAUAUCCAGCCCAUCAGAGUCUUGCCACGUCCUCCUCUCAAAGUCCCAAAGGCUAUUGCUAUGAGUGCUCCUCUCCGGUGCAUCCACACCAUCCACAGACUUCCUCCUCCCAAAGUCCCAAAGGCUAUUGCUAUGAGUGCUCCUCUCCAGUGCAUCCACACCAUCCACAGACCUCCUCAACAACUUCCUCUGACCCCAGUAACACAAGUCUUGCGGGUGGCACAGUGUACACAGUGGGAGUCCCCCCACUCUUGUGCUGGCCCAGCUCCAUGUCCCCUGGGGUUGAUUCAGUCGUCUUACCUCCAGGCCGCCCCAAAGUUGCCAGGACACAAACAGUAGACAUCACCACUCUCCAGCCCAGCUCUGGGGGCUCCUAUUCUCCAAAUGCCAAUCAAACAAGAGAAAUUGAAUCAACUUGGUCCUGGCCCAGCUCCAUGUCCCCUGGGGAUGAUACAGUCUUCUUACCUCCAGGCCGCCCCAAAGUUGCCAGGACACAAACAGUAGACAUCACCACUCUCCAGCCCAGCUCUGGGGGCUCCUAUUCUCCAAAUGCCAAUCAAACAAGAGAAAUUGAAUCAACUUGGUCCUGGCCCAGCUCCAUGUCCCCUGGGGAUGAUACAGUCUUCUUACCUCCAGGCCGCCCCAAAGUUGCCAGGACACAAACAGUAGACAUCACCACUCUCCAGCCCAGCUCUGGGGGCUCCUAUUCUCCAAAUGCCAACCAAACAAGAGAACUUGAAUCAACUUGGUCCUGGCCCAGCUCCAUGUCCCCUGGGGAUGAUACAGUCUUCUUACCUCCAGGCCGCCCCAAAGUUGCCAGGACACAAACAGUAGACAUCACCACUCUCCAGCCCAGCUCUGGGGGCUCCUAUUCUCCAAAUGCCAACCAAACAAGAGAACUUGAAUCAUAUUGGUCCUUGCCCAGCUCCAUGUCCCCUGGGGUUGAUUUAGUCGUCUUACCUCCAGGCCGCCCCAAAGUUGCCAGGACACAAACAGUAGACAUCACCACUCUCCAGCCCAGCUCUGGGGGCUCCUAUUCUCCAAAUGCCAACCAAACAAGAGAAAUUGAAUCAUAUUGGUCCUGGCCCAGCUCCAUGUCCCCUGGAGAUGAUACAGUCUUUUUACCUCCAGGACGCCCCAAAGUUGCCAGGACACAAACAGUAGACAUCACCACUCUCCAGCCCAGCUCUGGGGGCUCCUAUUCUCCAUAUGCCAACCAAACAAGAGAACUUGAAUCAUAUUGGUCCUUGCCCAGCUCCAUGUCCCCUGGGGUUGAUUUAGUCGUCUUACCUCCAGGCCGCCCCAAAGUUGCCAGGACACAAACAGUAGACAUCACCACUCUCCAGCCCAGCUCUGGGGGCUCCUAUUCUCCAAAUGCCAACCAAACAAGAGAAAUUGAAUCAUAUUGGUCCUGGCCCAGCUCCAUGUCCCCUGGAGAUGAUACAGUCUUUUUACCUCCAGGACGCCCCAAAGUUGCCAGGACACAAACAGUAGACAUCACCACUCUCCAGCCCAGCUCUGGGGGCUCCUAUUCUCCAAAUGCCAACCAAACAAGAGAACUUGAAUCAACUUGGUCCUGGCCCAGCUCCAUGUCCCCUGGAGAUGAUACAGUCUUCUUACCUCCAGGCCGCCCCAAAGUUGCCAGGACACAAACAGUAGACAUCACCACUCUCCAGCCCAGCUCUGGGGGCUCCUAUUCUCCAAAUGCCAACCAAACAAGAGAACUUGAAUCAACUUGGUCCUGGCCCAGCUCCAUGUCCCCUGGGGAUGAUACAGUCUUCUUACCUCCAGGCCGCCCCAAAGUUGCCAGGACACAAACAGUAGACAUCACCACUCUCCAGCCCAGCUCUGGGGGCUCCUAUUCUCCAAAUGCCAAUCAAACAAGAGAAAUUGAAUCAUAUUGGUCCUGGCCCAGCUCCAUGUCCCCUGGAGAUGAUACAGUCUUUUUACCUCCAGGCCGCCCCAAAGUUGCCAGGACACAAACAGUAGACAUCACCACUCUCCAGCCCAGCUCUGGGGGCUCCUAUUCUCCAUAUGCCAACCAAACAAGAGAACUUGAAUCAACUUGGUCCUGGCCCAGCUCCAUGUCCCCUGGAGAUGAUACAGUCUUCUUACCUCCAGGCCGCCCCAAAGUUGCCAGGACACAAACAGUAGACAUCACCACUCUCCAGCCCAGCUCUGGGGGCUCCUAUUCUACGAAUCCAAACCAAACAAGAGAAAUUCAACCAUAUUGGCCCUGGCCCAGCUCCAUGUCCCCUGGGGAUUAUUCAGUCGUCUUACCUCCAGGCCGCCCCAAAGUUGCCAGGACACAAACAGUAGACAUCACCACUCUCCAGCCCAGCUCUGGGGUCUCCUUUUCUCCAAAUGCCAACCAAACAAGAGAACUUGAAUCAACUUGGUCCUGGCCCAGCUCCAUGUCCCCUGGGGAUGAUACUGUCUUCUUACCUCCAGGCCGCCCCAGGGUUGCCAGGACACAAACAGUAGACAUUACCACUCUCCAGCCCAGCCCUGGGGUCCCCAACUCUCAGAAUACCACCCAGACUGCCUCUCUCAAUGUUACCCGGGAUGCUUCUCAAAAUGCCUCUCCAAAUGCCUCACAGAAUGGUCCUGUCUCAGUGCUAAAUCUCUCAGGCCCUCUAAACAGUGCUGAUGUUGCUCAGCGCUGGUGGGAGUCUCGGCCUUUCACCCCUCCAAGUGCAGCACUCAAUGCCUAUGUAUGCCAAGCAUGGCCUGCCAUAAGCAUGCCAGCACUGCAGCAGGCAUUGGCGCUGGGGCAAGCAAUGCAGCAGGCACAAAUCCUGACUCCAAGGAAUGAGAAGCUAUUGGGAGGGGUAAAGGAACUAAGGCACGCCCAAGCAAUGACACAGCGACAGGCAAUGGAGCGGGAGCAGAUGCAGCCUAGGGAGUGGGCGCAGGCACCUGUAGUGACCCAGGCACCAAGACUGACACAGCAGCAGGCAUUCGAGAGAGCACAGGCACAGCAAUGGGUGAAGACCUGGGCAGAGAUGGAGCAAACAGCACGACGACAGGAAAUGGAGCGGGCACACUGGGCCCAGGCCCAGGCCCAGGCCCGGGCCCAGGCCCAGGUAAUGACCCAAGCACAAGCCCAGGCACUUGCACAGCCUAUAAUCCUGAGAAGCCCUGCCCCUUUCAUACUGCAAUCCCCACUUGUUGGUAGGGAAGCCAUGCCACCCCCUUUCCAACUACCCUCUCCCGAAGCCAUGCCACCAACCCACCUUCCUGCUAAUCCACUCCAAGCCCCACAGAAAUAUCCCGAUGUGAAGCCAAAGGAGCGCAGAGCCUCCACUAAGCAAGAGACUGACAUGAAGACCAGCAGCGAUGCCAAAGGAAAAGGUGAGAGGGACCAGAACGGAGCUGGGGCAGGCAGGCAGGCAGGGUGGAGUGGAGCAGAGCUAUGUGGUGGGGGUACAAUUCACAAGGAACUGCCACUAGCCCUAGAGCCAGCAACAAGCAGCAGCAUGGGCAGCCCAGGCCAGCACCACGAGUGCUGCUAUUUGCAACCCCAAAGAGCUUAUGAGGACAGUGCCUUGCCCUGGAGGAGAUCCAGAAGCCCAAGGGAGAGGGGGAAAUCCUCUGUGGUCAGAGGCAAGCCAUGAUCUGCCCCUAGAUGGCUGAGGGAUGCCCAGGAAAGUCUGGUGUAAGCUGGCUAUAUGUGGGCACUAGUCAGGGCCCAUUUGCCAGAAGCUGAAGUUAUCAUGGGAUCGUGGGAUCAUGAAUAAAUCACAGCGGGCAACUGAAGGUCAACAUCAGCAACUCUUUUUCUGUGAGAUUUUUAUUAAAGUUUUUCAUAAUAAAAUAAAAUAGUGUCUACAAAAAAUACAAAUAGAGUCCUCUCCUAAAAGUAAUUCUUAGCCCUUACCACACACAGAGGAUAGUAGCUCCUCCCAGCUCUCACUUCCCACUCUGGGAGACCAACAGUUCCCUGUUUCUCACCCAAGGCCCUCCAUCAACCAUCUACCACUCCCAUUCAUAUACAAUCUCUGGACCUUAAUAAAGGCCCCAGACAUAGGACUCCAAGGAAAAAACAAAAAGAAGAAAAACAAAAAAGAGAGACAAAAAAGAAAGGAAGGAAGGAACAAUAAGAGAGAAAAGAGAGAGAUAAAAAAAAGACAAAAGAAAAAUAAACGCUAGAGAAAGAUACAAACAAAAAAUCCCUUCUGAUUUUCCAUCUGCCGGUAACAUAAAAAAAGGAAAAGGGAUUACCAUACUUUACCGUGUACAACACGCCCCCAUGUAUAAGACAUCCCCUAUUUUGGAGAAAUCAAAAUUAAGAAAAUUGGAGGGGGGGAGAGAUUGUUGAGCUUUUUGGGGAAGGAUUGCCCACAGUUGUUGAGCUUUAUUCGGGGGGUGGUCCACAGUUGUUGUGCAUGCAUCGCAAAAGUCACCUAUCCUCUGUCCCAUCGCCAACAAAAGCAGCAAACAGGCUGCCCAAUUGCCGCAUCAACAGCCAAUCAACACCAGCCCUUGCCGCAGCCACCAAUAACAAUCUCCGACUCACAGCAGCAACCAAUCCCAUGUCCCCACAAUGCACUACCCAUAUAUAAGACAACCCCCAAUUUUAACAUGAUUUUUGAAUAAAAAAACAGUCUUAUACACGGAAAAGUAUGGUAUUUAAGACAUUUAGCCCAUGCUAAAAUCCAUCUUCUGCACUUUCUGUUAAGCAAUAUUUCUUUUAAGUUAAGGUGUCUCAGAAUAAUUCAUUUUGUUUUCCCACUAAAAGUCCAAGAGGAGUUCCCUAAUUGUUAUUAUUGGCUAAUGUCAACUAUAUUUUUUCUUUUCUAUUAACUUUACUUCCAUUAAUUUCCACCACAGUUACUCCAUAUUGAGUGACAGCAAAUUCUUCUUUCUAUCCAUGUCCAUUUUAAAAUCUCUCCAUUGUUAUCACAUAUUGGAAUAAUAUUCCUUUUUCUUCUUAUUAUAUAUCCUUUAGUUCAUGUCCAUUUCCAUAUGCUCAAAUUCCACUUCCUGUUGCAUUUCCAUUUCCUGUUGUAUUUACAGUGCUAUCCUGAUCUCCUCUCCUCUAGAAACUUCCAUUUUCAUUUUUCCCAGUCUUUUCCCAGAGAGAAUACCAUAAAUUUGGCAGCAUCAUUCUCUGAAUUUGCUCCAAAUCAUAUACAAAAUACUUUCUCUCUGCUAGAACUGAAGAAUGGCCAGGACUGAAGUUUUCCCUAAAGCUUUCCCUACCUCAACUCCAUCAAUGCCAAAUCCAGGUAAUUCCCCAUUUGUGAUUGUAUCUCCUCCUCCUCCAAAUCCUUGUAUGGAAUGCAUUUCAUUUCAGCAUCUGCUUUCUUCAUCCAGUCCUGCCAGCUUUUCAUUGAUUUGGUCUGAAGCUUCUAGGUAUUCUUCAUUUCCAUUUUCCAUUUCAGAUCUCUUUGACUCAUUUUCUCUCCACCUUUCUUUUCCACUGAUUGAUUCCAAUCAUUUUUAAUUGUUCAGCCAUCAACUGCUGAACAAUGCCAACAGUCACUGGGAGAUCUAAAGGUACCUUUGCCAUACUGGAUGCUUUUGAUGAUUUGAAUAUUAUUAGCAACUCUAUGUUAAUAUUUCCACCUUAAAACCACAGCCACAACGAAUCUUAUAGGAAAUUCUUUUCCACAACUGGAAAUGGCCGCUUUACUUUCAGCAGCAAGAAACAGAAAAAGGGUUAUAUUUUUCACACAAGGGUUUCCCUUGUCUGUUUAAUCUUUACUGUCAACCAUAAAUCAGGCUUUUAGCUUUGCCUUGAGACACUUUAAUGACCAGUUUUCCUUUCUGUUCUUCAUAACAACAGAAAGAGGUACUUAAAAUUUUUCAGAUUGUAAAUUUUCACCAGCAGCAUAGAGGGAUCUCUCCAAGUUAGUUUUCCUUGUCCCAGAAGUGUUUAAGAAAGAGAGUGUGCUGGUCUUUCUACCUAUAAAACAUGCUUAAGUGACAUUUGGGCACAAUGUUCACUCCUCACCUUGCCAGCUCAUUGUAACUCCCGUCCAAGCCGCCAGGCACAGACAGCAUAAAAUGACCUCAGCAAAGCAUUUCAGGUCUCCCAGAUCACCCUUAUUCUCCUGAGUGAUUAUUGUAUUGGCCCGAAUAUAAGCCGCACCCGCAAAUACAUUCAAUGGCUACAAUUCCGCAGGCACUCACAUCCAAAAAUGGAAAAUGUAUAAGAAAAUCCUACGGGUACUAGAGAUUACCCGUAAACUUGCAAAUCGGCAAUAAAACAUUUCUUUGUUCCGUUUUACUAUGUGUCUGUUUCAGCAGCAAGAUCAUAAAAGCCUAUUUUUGUAAGGUCAUGUAUUUAAGCUGCACUUUUUCACGGUCGGAAUUUGUGGGGAAAGUGUGGCUUAUUUUUGGGCCAAUACGGUAAUAGUCAGUCUGACUACUAUCAAUCACCACAUAAUUAUCUUCUGUCAGCAGAGAGCUAACAGAGAGGCAGCCAAACUGCCAUUCCUCUCCCCGGAAGUUAUCAGCAGCUGGCCAGUCUUCAAAUAAUGGCCUGGCCACAGACAGGCUUAUACAGACCUAUAAGUGCCUAGUAGCAACUGUAAAUAUUGCACCCUGUGCCUGAAAGCUGCCUUAAUGCAUCUUCCUUUACCACAAAAUGUGUGCCACUGGGGGCCAGCUGACACAGCAGGAGAAACACACUUACUUUUUUUAAAAAAAUGCUUCAAUUAGCCAGUUUUAGUUUGAAGAAGGAACCACCCAUGCAACUCCAAUCCAGAAUGGACUCACACCGUGGUUGCCUGAUUUCUUCCCCUCUCCUGUGUCCUGUUAGCUCCCAAAGGUGCUGGUGGCUGCAGACAGCCCCAUGAUCCAGCCUAAAAUGAACAGCUGUCCUUCUGAGCACCGUUAGCUUACAGACCUCUUUUCUCUCUCGCCUUUUGUAUCGAAUGCGCUGCACUUGGGCAAAAAUAUAAUAAUAGCAGAAUGAUAAAAGCUGCUCACCUUUGUAUUUUAUUUAUUUAUUUAGAAGGAUGCAUACAAUUCUAAGCAUAGUGCAGGACAAGGCCCUUAACUUAUAUUCACAGGAGGGGUGCUGGUGCAGAGUUUACAAAGAGACAAGACAGGCUGGCUUUAGUACAUGGAGCAGUGCAAACAGGGGGGAAGGGGGGGACUCCACUCUGGUCAACAAAAUGUGGCCUGGGCUGCUAGCUGUGAGGCAAUAGGCUGGCAGGGGAGGAUGAACAGCUUGACCAAGGGGAGUGGGCACUUUGUGGAUGGUGGAGGGCCAGGGAGACCCUCCUCUCUGACAGGAAAUGUCUUUGCAGAAACCAGCAAGCAAGAGCGCAUCGUGGGCGAAAUUGCAUUCCAACUGGACCGCAGGAUUCUCUCCAGCAUCUUUCCUGACCGUGCGCGCCUCUACGGUUUCACCGUCCGCAACAUCCCUGAGAAAGUUGCACAGGUGAGGGGAAACUCCACUUACUGCCUCUGGCCCUAGCCCUGGCAUGGCAGCUGAGAGAGAGAGAGAGAGAGAGAGCGUGCAAGUAGAGCCUUUCCACAUGAAUUUGUGGAACCCAAACUGGGGGUUUCCCCCAAGGAACCGUCAAAAGGGACCAGUCAUUUCAGGCCAACUAGGAAUGGAUGCCAGUGGGUCAGUUCAAGCAUACAGUGGUACCUUGGUUCCCAAACUUAAUCCGUUCCAGAAGUCUGUUCCAAAACCAAAGCGUUCUAAAACCAAGGUGUGCUUUCCCAUAGAAAGUAAUGCAAAAUGGAUUAAUCCAUUCCAGACUUUUAAAAACAAGCCCUAAAACAGCAAUUUAACAUGAAUUUUACUAUCUAGUGAAACUAUUGAUUCAUAAAAUGAAGCAAUAAUCAAUGUACUGUACUAUAAAAUAAAUAAGACAGUAUUGUAGAUGAUAAAAAUAAAAAUUGCUUUUUUUUCUUACGUGUACUAAUGAUAGUCAAUAUUUGGAUGGGAGGCUUUUAUCCAUUUCUGCAGUCACACAACCAAUCAAUCAGUAGCUGAACUCGGUUCCACACAGUCACAAAAACGAAGUCAAAAACCACAGUCACAAGGCAGUCCCAUAAAAUGAAGAACAAGUCACAGUCAAAAAAUGAAAAAGCCACACAAACAAAAACACAAAAAACAGCAAAAACAAAAGCUCCAAAUAUCACCUCUGUGUUGUGUGGGAGCUCAAGACUCAACACAAAGCCUCUGAUUAGCAGCGGGGGACUCAAUUUACAAACGGAACACACUCAACAGGAAGUGGAACAUGUUUCGCUUCCAAGGCAAAGUUCACAAACCGGAACACCUACUUCCAGGUUUGCAGCGUUCUAUUUCCAAGUUGUUCAUAAACUAAGCUUGUCCCACAUAGAGAUUUCUCAGGAGACAGAUGAGGUGAUCAGGCACUCCCAUUUCUUUAAGAACUUGCCAUAGUUUGCUGUGGUCGGCACAGUCAAAGGCUUUUGCAUAGUCACUGAAGCAGAAGUAGAUGUCUUUCUGGAACUCUCUAGUUUUCUCCAUAAUCCAGCACAUGUUUGCAAUUUGGUCUCUGAUUCCUCUGCCCUUCUAAAUCCAGCUUGCACUGCUUAAGUCUGCCUUGUAGAAUUUUAAGCAUAACCUUGCUAGCGUGUGAAAUGAGUGCAAUUGUUGGAGCAUUCUUUGGCACUGCCCUUCUUUGGGAUUGCGAUGUAGACUGAUCUUCUCCAAUCCUCUGGACACUGCUGAGUUUUCCAAACUUGCUGGCAUAUUGAGUGUAGCACCUUGACAGCAUCAUCUUUUAAAAUUUUAAAUAGUUCAGCUGGAAUACCAUCGCUUCCACUGGCCUUGUUAUUAGUAGUGCUUUCUAAGGCCCAUUUGACUUCACUCUCCAGCCUGUCUGGCUCAAGGUCAGCAACCACACUACCUGGGGUGUACGAGACAUCCAUAUUUUUCUGGUAUCAUUUCUCUGUGUAUUCUUGCCACAUCUUCUGCUUCUGUUACAUCCUUACUACUUUUGUCCUUUAUUAUGGUAAUCUUUGCAUGCAAUGUUCCUUUCAUAUCUCCAAUUUUCUUGAACAGAUCUCUGGUUUUCCCAUUCUGUUGUUUUCCUCUAUUUCUUUGCAUUGCUCGUCGAAUAAGGCCCUCUUGUCUCUCCUUGCUAUUUUUUGGAAAUCUGCAUUCAAUUUCCUGUAUCUUUCACUAUCUCCCUCGCAUUUUGCUUGCCUUCUCUCCCCCGCUAUUUGUAAGGCCUCAUUGGACAGCCACUUGGCUUUCUUGCAUUUCCUUUUCAUUGGGAUGGUUUUCGUUGCUGCCUCCUGUAUAAUGUUGCAAGCCUCCAUCCAUAGUUCUUCAGGCACUCUGUCCAGCAAAUCUAAAUCCUUAAACCUGUUCCUCACUUCCACUGUGUAUUCAUAAGGGAUUUGAUUUAGAUUGUAUCUUACUGGCCCAGUGGUUUUUCCUAUUUUCUUCAGUUUAAGCUUGAAUUUUGCUAUAAGAAGCUGAUGAUCUGAGCCACAGUCAGCUCCGGUUCUUGUUUCUGCUGACUGUAUAGAGCUUCUCCAUCUUUGGCUGCAGAGAAUAUAAUCAAUCUGAUGUCGAUGCUGCCCAUCUGGUGAUGUCCAUGUGUAGAAUCGUCUCUUGUGUUGUUGGAAAAGAGUGUUUGUGAUGACCAGCUUGUUCUCUUGGCAGAACUCUAUUAGCCUUUGCCCUGCUUCAUUUUGAACUCCCAAGGCCAAACUUGCCAGUUGUUCCUUUCAUCUCUUGACUCCCUACUUUAGCAUUCCAAUCCCCUGUAAUGAGAAGAACAUCCUUCUUUGGUGUCAUUUCUAUAAGGUGUUGUAAGUCUUCAUAGAAUUGGUCAAUUUCAGUUUCUUCGGCACCGGUAGUUUGUGCAUAAACUUGGAUUACUGUGAUGUUUUUGUCCAAAACUCCAUGGACAAAAACAACAGGCAUAUAAAAGUUUAAAAAAAUAAAGUGUUAAAGUCAUGUGGAGUUUGGUUCCAAGUCUGCAAUGUUGAUUCCUUCCUUCCUUUGGCAAUCACUCGUAGCUGAGUAAGAUUGUCUUCCAUAAACAUGGUUUUAACAAUGAGUCCGUAAGUGACUGGAGGCCAAUUCCGGAGCCACACGUCCUUCCACAGUUGCGUAGCUGGGGAGGUAGCUGCCCCCCAUCAAUAAAAAUCAAUACACACCUGAGGUUCUGCUUCCCCCAAAGCCCUACAAAAAUCUUGGUUAUGCCCAUGCCCUCUAUAUAUCAGGGGUGGGGUGGGUGGCUUGGAUCCUUUCCACUUUCUUCCCCCCUUCACUGCCCAGCUUUUUCUCCAUUGCCUCCAGGUCCACAUUACUUAUCCCUCCCUUCCCACUAAAAUGUUAACCCAAGGCUUGGUUCUUUAAGAUCCUUUGGGCUGCAGCCGCCUUGUCUUCCCUGCUCUUGCCUCUCACCAUGGAUCCUAAAUCCUGACUUUUCUUGCUUCUUGCUCUGACCACGUCCUCCCCACUUACCUCUCUGGCUUCCUUUUCUGUUUCCCCAUAAGUUUCAACUUCUUUCCUUCCAAACCUCCUGACAGUCAAGCCUCUUGGCAGCUCCAUCCUCUUUACCUUCUCCAGCUUCUCUGUCAGUAGGACUCCAGCCUGCUUGUCAUUAAAUAUGCCUCCUGCUUCUCAAAUGCAAAUGUUCUCUCUUCCUCUGGGCUUCUGAUCUUUCUUAUUCUAAAAGGCAUCUACCCUGCUUCUUGCCUGCUAUUUCCCCCCUCAGAUGAGAAAGAGCCACUUUGGGAGGGCCAUGGCUGGCCACGCAACCCCACCCGUGGCAGCGUAUCCAGGCAAGGCUUGCAAAGACCCUGUUCCUUUUGGCCUGACACCCUGCAGAGCCUCUGCAGGCCACAGGGAGCAAGAGGGACCCACGACACAGCUUGGCAUAAAGCAGUUUCCUGUGUGCUAUUAACAUUUUCAUUUAUUAAGCCCUUCAUAUAUAGUGGUACCUUGGUUCUCAAACUUAUUCUGUUCCAGAAAUCCGUUCCAAAACCAAGACAUUCCGAAGCCAAGGAGCACUUUCCCAUGGAAAGUAAUGCAAAAUGGAUUAAUCCGUUCCAGACUUUUAAAAACAAUCCCUAAAACAGCAAUUUAACAUGAAUUUUACUAUCUAAUGAGACCACUGAGCCAUAAAAUGAAAGCAAUAAACAAUGUGCUGCAGUCACAAAAUCAAUCACUCAAUCAAUCAAUCAAUCAAUCAGUAGCUGAACUGGCUUCCACACAGUCACAAAAACAUAACAAAAAGAGCCACAAAAACAAAAAUACAAAAUAAAUAGCAAAACCAGACAGACCUCAGGGUAACACUCAAAACGGAAGUGUGGCACUUAAAUCGUCAGCGUAACACUCAAAUCGUCAGCAUAAUACUCAAAAGGGAAGUGUGGCACUCAAAUUGCAAGCAUAACAUUCAAAAUGGAGCAUAUUCAGCUUCCAAAAAUAGUUCGCAAACCAGAACACUUACUUCUGGGUUUGCAGUGUUUGGGUUCCAAAUUGAGCACCAAGGCAUUUGAGAACCAAGGUACCAAUAGUCUCUAAGCAGUUUACAAAGAUGCAACACAAAAUAAAAAUCAGCUAUGAUAAAAUCAAACUAUAGUUAAAAUGCCUGCUGAAAUAACAAAGCCUUUUGUAGGCACUGGAAGUUCAGUGGGGAAAGGCUCGUCUGACCUCAGCUGUAAUGGAGUGCCAAAAACUUCUCCUCCCCCUCUGACCCUUGGCAUUAACUAAUGGUGAGCCAGCAAGCAACGCCUUGCUAUUAUCCUGGGAUAACUGGCCAGUGUAUUGUACAUGCCAAGUCCUAUUUCAGAAGGAAAUCAUAGUUGCAAAAAGCCUAUUGUGGAUUUAGCAGCUAGCCGUUUUAACACAUAAAAAGUAUAUUUAAAAUUUUGUAUAGAAUAUAAUGGCUGGCGUUUGAGGGGUUGUAGCCAACUACAUUUUACUCAAAACAGACUAAUUAAUCUGUUAGUUAUGUCCAUUAAUUUCAGUGGGCUUACUCUGUGUAGGACAAACAUGGGCGACACCCUGAGACUAUUAGUAGCCCAGCACUGCAUGGGAAGAGGUCCCACAAAGGAGCCUCUGGCAUUUCCAGUCAAACAAUCUCAGGCAGCAGCUGACGGUGGGUGGGUGGGGCUUAGAGAGCCACUACCAGUCAGAGUAGACAGCAUCAGGGCUGGACAGACCCAAAGGGUCUGCGUCAGGCCAAAGUAGUUUCUUCUGGACUUCAUAUGGUAUCAAGGGGUUUCUGCGGCUUCUGUCCGUUGGGAUGGGUUUCUAUUACUUUCACUGGGGGCACAAAUAAUUAUCUAUACAGUGGUACCUCUGGUUAAUUACUUAAUUCAUUCCGGAGGUUUGUUCUUAACCUGAAACUGUUCUUAACCUGAUGUACCACUUUAGCUAAUGGGGCCUCCUGCUGCUGCCACCGCACGAUUUCUGUUCUCAUCCUGGGGCAAAGUUCUACUUCCGGGUUAGCGGAGUCUGUAACCCAAAGUGUUUGCAACCUGAGGUACCACUGUAUCACCAUCAAUAGUAUUUACAUUCUCAGUUACUUUAUAUAAAAAAGAAAAAAGUCUCAAACAACUUGAAAAGUGAACACAAUGUGCCUUAAUGCUGCUCUUCUCUCUCUCUGUUCCUCUCUCUCCGCAGAGUGGAGCUGACCCCUUCCUGCAGCUGACAACAGAGCAGGCUUCAACCAUCAUGGAGCGCUACAAUAACAUCAUGGACCGCCUGAAGCAGCUGGGCUAUGACCCAAGCGUCCACCCUACCCUGACGGAGCACAUUGUCAACACUUUUGGCAUCCUCCGGGAUCGGCCAGACAUGACAGGCGCAGAGGCAGCCGCCUACAAUGACAUAAAGUAUCUGCAGGAGGUGGUCAAGAAUGCCACCCCUCCAGACAUGUUCAACAACUGCAUGCUGCUCCUCAACUGCCUCCAUCAACUGUCUCAGGAUGACGGGAAGCCCUUGUUCAUAUGGUGA